AUGGAGGUCCCAGCAUCACCCACGGGCGACUCGACGUCCCCGUCACGCAUCGCAACCUCGCCACAGCCCGACACUGACGCCUCUCGCGCCCCUCAAACCGAGACGCGUCUCACACCUGCGACGGGCGCACCUGCGCGAGCGCGACCGGUCAAGCAGUAUGGGAGGAAGAAGGAGGAGCAGCAGCCUAUCGAGGCGGGGGAGGCACCGGCGCGUCCGCUCGAACGAAGGUCCACAGAGGUCAUUCCUGAAACCGACUUUCCCAUGGAGCGGACAGAGUCGCCUGAGCGGGAAGAGGAGGACAAGACGUCGCCCGUCAGGAGGGGGUUCAUGACGAGCUCGCCAAGUUCGAGGCGCGCCGAGCACUCGACUGACCCGACAAGCGAAGACGAGGGGUCGCCUGUCAAGGCGAAGCCGACUCGCCAUGCCGUCUCGUUCAAGGACGGCCUCGAUGCACUUUUGGCGUCCUCCGACGCCGAAGACGUGUCGGAAGCGGGCGGUGACGACGAGGCGGACGACCCCUUGGCCGCCUUUGUCCGCGGGAAGAACAUCCAAGCUCUCCUCGCCGAAGUCGACGACGAGUUCGACAACGCGGAACUCAAUUGCACGCCUCUCGCCAAGCUUCCCACCGUUCCCGACCACAUCAAGCUACAGACGUCCUCCUCGCUACCGACUCUCACGCCUUCCACCCUCUCACCUUCGAAGACGUCCACAGUCAGGCGCGCCAACUCGCCUUCGUCGCCUUCGCACGCGCUGGACGGGAUUGAGGACAUCCUCGGCUCACUUGAGAGCGAAGAAGUCUUGCCGACAGCUCAGCGAGGGAAGAAGGCUCGCCGGGUUAUUGACUCGGACGAGGACGAGGACGAUGAGGAGGCGCCAACGGCUAAGUCGAAGCAUCGCUCUGCCGUACCCGACUCGUCAGACGCCGAGCAAGACGAGCCAGCCGCGCCUUCGACCUCGACCUCGACCUCGGCCAAGCCCGCUUCGACAGCCCUAUCAGCUCGGGACCGCUUGCUCGCUCUCGCAUCGAAGAAGCGGACGGAGAAGGAGGCCAAGGAUGCGAGUUUGAGGAAGAAAACGGUUUCGCCUGCGCCGAAGGAGGACGAGGAUGAUCUGAUCUUGAGUGAAGAGGAGCGUGAGAGGGGAAAGAAGGGAAAGAAGGCGACGCAGCGUAAAAGUUCGAAGCUCAAGCCGCUGUCGAAGAAGGAGGAGGCCGAGAUGCAGAAGAUGACCGAGGCGAUCAAGCGACAGCAAGAGGCGCACCUCGCUCCUUCGCACAAAGCCGCCCCUUCGGUCGCCGAUAUCUUCAAGCGCACUCGCCAGCUCUCGCCUCCUCCAGCCCCGAUCAACCGCAUCCGCAACGCAUCAGUCGCACCCCUCUCUGCCCUCACCCUCUCCUCCUCCGACAGCGACGCGAUCGUCACCUCUUCGCCUUCUCACAUUCCCGCAACUCCGCAACCUGGUCCUGCGGGCCUCUCGCUCAAAGCGCUUGGCAAGCAGUGCGCGACCUCGCCUAUCGACGAUGCGGACAUGGCGACGCCUGUUCCGCAUCGCGUGCGCAUGCCGAAGCCUCCGCCUGGCUGGGGAGUCAAGAAGGUUGAGCCUGUCGCUGCGGAGGAGGACGACGAGGAAGAGCUCCUCUCGCUUGACGAGAUGAACCGGCGGGCGGACGAGAAGCGCAAGAAGGAGGAGAAGGCGAAGCGGUUGCGGGAGGCGAAGAUGGCUGCGCUCCGAGCGGCGAAGGAGCAGGCCCAGCGUCAGCAGGCGGAAGACUCGGACUCGGAUCUCGACAUUGAGGGUGCGCCUGGCGCAUCUAAGAAGAAGAAGGCGGUCGGCAGGAAGGUCGACCCGCGCCACUUGUCUGCUCAGACGCCCGUUCGACCCAAGAGCGAGGCUCUUCGCGUCCUCGCACGCUUCGGCGGCGUCAACCUCGCUCACCCGCCUUCUGACGACGCCGACCCGAGCGAGAGCCAGCUCGUCACCGCAGCCAAGACGUUCGGCUCGCACCUCGACCCGAAGAACGAAUACCGCCCAUCGCCUGCCAAGCGGACUUCUCGUCGUGCUGCUACUGCCGCUCCGCCCACCAUCACCCUCGACGUCCUUGGCGAAGGCUUGCUAAAGAAGAACGCGAUCUACAACGUCAAGCUACGCACGAUGAAGCAGACCAAGUACCGACAGAAGCAGCUCGAGGAGCAGGCUCGACCGGCGGAGCAGCCUCAGAUCGCCUCAGUGAACGUCAAGGAAAUCCUCGAGAAAAAGCAGAAGCAGGCGGAGGAGGAUGAGGAGAUGGAGGAUGCGGAGGACGGUGACUACCGGGAGGACGGCGCUGACGCGGAGGAGGCCUACGACUCGGCUGCGGGCGCCUCCGACAGCGACGAUCCCUUCGGCGGUCACGACUCGGACGCACCUAUGCAGCCGACGCGAUCGCGCAAUACCGGCGUCGGCGAUGCCGAGGAGGACGAGGGCGAGAUUGACAGCGAGGGCGAGCCCGUCAUGCCUCGCUCGUCGCAGAACUCGGAGCGCUUGCGGGGCGCGCUGCUCGACGAAGAUGACGAAGAGGAGGAGGCGCCGGUCGGUGCAGCGGACGAGGAGAGCGAGAUGCCACCUCCUGCGGCGACACGACGGACGGUCAAGGUCCGCAUCAUGGAUGAUGACGACUCGCAAGACGCAAUCGCCGAGCCUGCGCCGACUGAAGUCGUCACGACUGCAGCACCGCCAAAGGAGCCGAAGACGCCGGCAGGAGGACGCUUCGCCUUGGGCGGCUUGCUCGGCGACGCAGGCGAUGCUGGCGGUUUCUCGCAGUUCUUUGACUCGCAGUUCUCGCAAGGCGGUGACGAUGAGGGCGACGGCUUCCUCCGACCGAAAGACGGCGACUUCGACGCCCCUGCACCUACGAUGUUCGCUGCGCAGCCGCUCAUCAGUACUGCCGAACGAGCUGCCGACGCUGCCCGCCUCGAAGCUCGUGGAGGGUUCAACGACUUCGAGCCCGGCACGCCUCGUGAAGCGCCCGCACCCCGGCAGUAUAUCAAUGACAAGGGCUUCCUCACCCAGACUCGCCCCGCCAACCUCUUCGACUCGCCUUCCGACUCACCCAUGCAGUUCUACCGCAACUCGCUCUCGACGCGCGACUCGCAGUCGCAGGCUCUCGACGAGACCCAGGUCGCGACGGCGCAGACGCCGACGCAGGCUCCUCGCGAUUCAACCAAGUUGCGUCGCACGAACGCGCUCGUCGCCUUCGACAGCAUGACCGACAUCGCUCCAACCGAAGUCCAGCUUGCUCCGACCGAGAACGUCGGCUCGCGCUCGACGGAUGACCAGACCGUCGAGACGCAGGAAACGCAGGACGCGAUGCCUUCAGCCGCUCAGCCUACGCUCGCCUCGACAAAAAACGCUUUCGACCUCUUGCGCGCUGGUGCAGCGCAAGACCCUGACACUGUGGCGCCUGCUCUGCCGAAACGCCGCGAGCGCAACCAGUUCGUCGACGCCGAGGCAAACCUUUCCGACGAGGAAGAAGCGCUUGGGCUGGGCGGAGUCAGCGGCGACGAAGACGAGGAUGGCCACGACGCCGAGCUCGAGUCGCUCGUCGACAACGAGGAGGUUGACCGCGAGAUCCAGGACGAGCAGGAUCGCCUUGCGGCUGAGCGCUAUGCCGAGGACCAGGCGAAGGCUGACGAGGCGGCUCAGCUGCGAGCUCAGCGCAUUGUCGACGGAAAGGAGCGCCAGAAGCGCAAGGGCUACCUCUCCGACGACGACUUUGACGACGACUACAUCAACAACCGGCGACCCCGCGAGAAGCGACAGCGUGUCGAGGACAUGACGACCGCCCAGCUCAAGGAGAACGAGGAGACCCAGGCUUUCGGCACCACGCUUGAGACCGCCUGCGUCCCGACCGCCAAGCCUGGCGAGUACAACUUCCUCGAAGCGCAGGAGCAGUCGGAAGGGGAAGACGACGACCGCGACGAGGGGGAGGGCGGCAUUGUCGAUGUCUUCGGCCGGAAGGAGUCGCCUGUGCCGGUUCGCAGCAUUCACGAGGCGCGGGCGAUGGCAAUCCAAAUGCAGAAGGAGAAGUACGGCGGUGGGGAGGACAUGCUUGCCAUGGAGGUCGAGGAGGAAGAGCGGUUCCUGCGGGGAUUCUCGCCGGACGUCGGCUCGAGCUCGCCUGUUGCGCCACUCAAGCUCAACAACCGCGUCACGGCCAAGCUCUCUACGACCACCGUCGUUCAGGCGACGCGGACGGACGACUAUGACGAGCUGGAUUCUCAAUACUCCCUCGUCCGCAUCGAGUCGGCGCAGCUCAGCAUCCAGUACAAGGCGAGCGAUGACUUGCAUGUGGCGGGCGUCAACGGGAGCCGCGGCGGUCAGGCCAUCACGAGCUUCAAGCAGAACCGUGCAAAGCUCGCGGCGAAAGCUGACGGCGGUGUCGCAAGCAAGACGAAGGCGCUCGGUCCGAGGGCGAGCAGGUUGGCAGACAUCCGCAGGGGCGGAUUUGCAUAG